GCUAUAUAAAUUGUUGCCACCACGCAGCGACAGGUGCCAAGGAAAUCAGCUCAUCGAUCGAAAGAUCAACAAGCUCUCUUGAGAAUUGAGAUCACCCUCUUUCCAUCUAGAACACAAACCAGACAACCAAAAAACAGCAAGACACAAUACACAAUGUCGCUGAUCCGCCGCAGCAACGUGUUCGACCCCUUCUCCCUCGACCUCUGGGACCCCUUCGACGGCUUCCCCUUCGGCUCCGGCAGCAGAAGCAGCGGCAGCAUCUUCCCGUCCUUCCCCCGCGGCACCUCCUCCGAGACCGCGGCCUUCGCCGGCGCGCGCAUCGACUGGAAGGAGACGCCGGAGGCGCACGUGUUCAAGGCGGACGUGCCGGGGCUGAAGAAGGAGGAGGUCAAGGUGGAGGUGGAGGACGGCAACGUCCUCCAGAUCAGCGGCGAGCGCAGCAAGGAGCAGGAGGAGAAGACGGACAAGUGGCACCGCGUGGAGCGCAGCAGCGGCAAGUUCCUCCGCAGGUUCCGGCUGCCGGAGAACACCAAGCCGGAGCAGAUCAAGGCGUCCAUGGAGAACGGCGUGCUCACCGUCACCGUGCCCAAGGAGGAGCCCAAGAAGCCCGACGUCAAGUCCAUCCAGGUUACCGGCUAGUAAGAAACUUCGGGUGUGACAUGCACGGUGGAGAGCUUCGAUUCGAGCCUUCGGUUUGUGAUCAAUUGCAGUAAAUAAAAGCGUCAAAUCUGGUCCUCAGUGUUUAUGCUGUGAAAAAGUUCAAAGCUAUGUUGGAAGUGAGCAAUAAAGACUUUUCUUGUUUUGUGAACGAACCUGAGAUUAUACUAGUCCUACACUUGUUUGUUUAAUCUAA